AGAUAAUUCUGUACAGUGCGGUUCUGUAAUCUGUGCGUGGUUGGAAGACUUGUUGAACCCGACUCGGUACAGUAACAAAACAAAACAACCCAGUUAAAUGAUGAUCGGAAGACUGUCGUUUGUCUUCCACUGUCGCUGCUCUUCAUCGUCUCCAUCGCCAAAUCCCUUCCGGAAAGUUUCGACCAUGGCUGCCCCAGCUAAUUCUAGAAUCGUGUUUGAUCUGCAAACUGCUGGGGAGGGGACCGCUACUGGUGGGGGCAAUAACGGCAGUGCAAGAAUUGGACGGUUCGCUAAUGCUAGAGGCGGGGUUAGCUUUGAUACUCCAAGCUUUGUCGCGCAGACUUCUAGAGGCGCUGUUCCGCAUCUUUCUGGGGAUAACUUGAGGGAUCACACGGACGUUAAGGUUGCUUAUGUCGCUUUGGAGGAUUUCAUCGAAAAACCUCAUGGCAAUGUACCAGUGUGUAAUCACCCCUCGACACUGCGAGAUUUCAUCUCACACCCUUCGAACUCGCUUUUGAUGCUUGCGCCCCGAAGGUCGCCACCUGUUACUACUGCCGCUUCGAAUACGGAUGCUUCGCUUGCCAUUCUCACAUCUGUGGGCUUUCGCGCGUUGAAAGUGGAUGACUACUUCAAUGCUGUGUUAAAGUUGCGACCAGAUAUCGCCAUUUCUCCAUCAGACCUACCCCAUCAGACACCAGGAAAGAAUCGUGGGCCGAAGAUGGUUUUUCGGACUGAGUUAUGGCUGGGAGAGCUCAUCAACCGGAAUGCCUCCAAUAUAUCCAUAUUCGCACCGGUAUUACCGUUAGAUAUUGAGCGGCAGAGCUAUUACUUGGGCUAUCUGAAAGAACAUAUUUCCUCACUAUCGGGGCUCGCACUGUAUGAUGCCCGCUUGGCAGUGGAUCUGCCUAGCGAUUUAGAGGGAUUACCAAGAUUAAGUCUCGACCAGGCACAAACCCCGCAUCAAGUUCUUCGGCAAGUUAGCUGGGGGGUGGACAUGCUCGACUUGGCGUUCCUGACGCAAAUGACGGACGCUGGUAUUUCGCUCACGUUUCAAUUCCCUGGGGAAGCUUCCGGGAAGAAGGAAGCUCUCGGUGUUGACCUCUGGAAAAAGGAGUACGGAACAAGCAUAGAACCCCUAGCAGCGGUGUGCAAAUGCUACACAUGUCGGAAACACCACAGGGCUUACGUGCAGCAUUUACUCACGGCAAAAGAAAUGACGGCUUGGGUACUUUUGCAAAUUCACAACGCUAAGAUCAUAAGUAAUUUCUUCACCGCCGUCCGGGAGAGCAUCGCCCGGUGCACUUUUGAAGAGGAUUGCAAGAUCUUUGCAGAAACCUACGCAGAAGAGUUCCCAGAGAAGACCGGGCACGGGCCUAGGUACCACUUCCCUUCCGUUGGCCCACGAGGCGCUUUGCUGAUAUAG